ACACUUACGUGUAUUUGUGAUCUGGGUGAUGACGUGUCCUCAACACGCUCCUAAUAGAGCCGCUGACCGGUGUUCGCUAACCGCUAGACUGGGACCGUCAUCAGAGGGACACCAUGGCCAUUAAAUUCCUGGAGGUUAUAAAGCCGUUCUGUGCGGUUUUACCUGAGAUUCAGAAACCAGAGAGGAGGAUUCAGUUUAGAGAAAAAGUACUAUGGACUGCAAUCACCCUGUUCAUCUUUCUGGUGUGCUGCCAGAUUCCUCUCUUUGGAAUCAUGUCUUCAGACUCAGCAGAUCCCUUUUACUGGAUGAGAGUGAUCCUGGCAUCCAACAGAGGUACUCUGAUGGAGUUGGGUAUUUCUCCCAUUGUGACAUCUGGUCUGAUCAUGCAGCUGCUGGCUGGAGCUAAAAUCAUUGAGGUUGGAGACACACCUAAAGAUAGAGCACUCUUCAACGGAGCUCAGAAACUUUUUGGCAUGAUUAUCACCAUUGGCCAGGCUAUUGUGUAUGUGAUGACUGGCAUGUAUGGAGACCCUUCAGAGAUGGGUGCUGGAAUCUGCCUCCUCAUCAUCAUCCAGUUGUUUGUUGCUGGUCUGAUCGUGCUGCUUCUGGAUGAGUUGCUGCAGAAGGGCUACGGAUUGGGCUCUGGUAUCUCACUGUUCAUUGCCACCAACAUCUGUGAGACAAUUGUGUGGAAGGCAUUCAGCCCAACCACAGUCAACACAGGAAGAGGUACUGAGUUUGAGGGAGCCAUUAUUGCUCUGUUCCACCUGUUGGCCACUCGUACCGAUAAAGUGCGGGCACUGAGAGAAGCCUUCUACAGACAGAACCUGCCCAACCUCAUGAACCUCAUUGCUACAAUCUUUGUUUUUGCAGUGGUCAUAUAUUUUCAGGGCUUUAGAGUCGACCUUCCUAUCAAAUCUGCACGUUACCGUGGCCAGUACAACACAUAUCCCAUCAAACUCUUCUACACCUCCAACAUUCCCAUCAUCCUGCAAUCUGCAUUGGUGUCCAACCUAUACAUCAUUUCUCAAAUGCUCUCCACUCGCUUCAGCGGAAACUUCUUGGUCAACUUGCUGGGGACUUGGUCGGAUACCUCAAGUGGAGGGCCAGCUCGUGCAUACCCAGUAGGUGGUCUGUGUUACUACCUCUCUCCCCCAGAGUCCUUCAGCACAGUACUGGAAGAUCCGGUGCAUGCCGUCAUUUACAUCAUCUUCAUGCUGGGAUCCUGUGCUUUCUUCUCUAAGACCUGGAUCGAGGUGUCUGGAUCCUCAGCCAAAGAUGUUGCCAAACAGCUGAAAGAACAGCAGAUGGUUAUGAGGGGACACAGAGAAACCUCUAUGGUCCAUGAACUCAACAGGUACAUCCCCACAGCUGCAGCUUUCGGCGGGCUGUGUAUAGGUGGUCUCUCAGUCAUGGCUGACUUCCUGGGAGCCAUCGGCUCAGGAACUGGAAUCUUGUUGGCCGUCACCAUCAUCUACCAGUACUUUGAGAUCUUUGUGAAAGAACAGAGUGAAGUGGGCAGCAUGGGUGCUCUCCUCUUUUAGUACAGCCCUCUGUGACCACAUCAGACUGACUGUUAAGUUUUAUAUGAAUUUUUUUUUUUUUUUUUUUAACGCACAAAUUCAAUGUUCUACAUCAAGGAUGUGCUCCCACUGUGCACCUGAUCCUGACCUGUAGUGGCUCGCUUGGUCGUUCUCUUGGGAAAAAUAUGGCAGCUUGAUAUCUCAGUAUUAAGCAUGGGAAUGCAACCAUCCUUAUUUUUCACACUUACAAUUUUUUUUUUUUUUAAUAUCUCCGAAGCCAAUAUCCAUGUGUGGGUGUUUGUGAUUACGUGUAAUUCCUUUCAGUAAUGCAUAAUAGAAGAAACACGUCCAAACUUGAUCAGCCCUGAGUACGCCCUGAACUAAAUAUGUCUCUGUAUGUGUGUGAUGUGGUGAGCACGAUGCUUUAUCAUGCCGGCGGUUGAUUUGGUGUAAAUAAAAAGAUUUUUACAGUGUAUGUGUGGGUAUGUGCACAUUUGCCGGUUGCAUUUUGUGUGGGCUGAGUGUGUGAUUAACAUGAGAUUGGUUGUUAAAUUUGCCCAAGUUUAUUAAUGCCAUUCCUUUGAGAUUUACUGCAUUGGAUUUGUUGAAAUUUUGCCAACAGAAGUUUCUGUUAUAUUUAAGUUUAUUGUUUUCUUCCUGUAUUUACAAACUAUAAUAAAAUAUUUCUGUGUAUUUCAGUCACACUACUUAAGAAUAUUUCUAUUCUAAACCCUUUUAGAUCUAAUUAGCUGUGGUUUCAUUUAGUGGACCAAAUGCUGCAGAAACUGCCUGUUAAUCAAUAUGCAAGUGUUGAUAUGAGAGGAUGUGCUUUGUAAAAGAAUGUUUCAUGUGUUGUUUUGUUAUUCAGGCCACAGUAUUAAAAUGUAUUGCGAAUA